AUGGAACGAAUCGACAUGCAGCAGCUCAAGUCGGGCGAGGUUAACCUGGGUACCUCGAUCAUGGCGGUUCAGUUCAAAGACGGCGUAGUUAUUGGCGCAGACAGUCGAACAACAACGGGCAGCUAUAUUGCCAACAGGGUAACCGACAAGCUUACCCAUGUUCACGAUCGUGUUUACUGCUGUCGCUCGGGGUCUGCUGCCGACACCCAAGCUGUCGCUGACAUUGUCCAUUACUACCUGCAACUCUACAGCCAAACAUCAGGCGCUCCCCCACCCGUCCAUACUGCUGCUUCCUUAUUCCAGAAAUUAUGCUACGAAAACAAGGACAAUUUAUCAGCUGGAAUCAUCGUUGCGGGUUGGGACAAGGAAGUUGGCCCUAGCGUCUACAACAUUCCUCUUGGUGGUGGUCUGUUCCGUCAGCCAUGGGCAAUCGGUGGCUCUGGCUCGACAUAUGUGUAUGGAUAUUGCGACGCGACAUACCGAGAAGGCUGGGGACGCGACGAAACAGUAGAAUUCGUCAAAAACACACUCGCAUUGGCCAUGGCCCGUGAUGGCUCAUCUGGAGGCGUAAUCCGGAUGUGUGUUAUAACAGAGGAUGGCGUUGAGCGCUUGUUUGUGCCGGGCAACGAACUGCCCAAGUUUUGGACAGGCACAGAAGUACUAUCCCAACCGAAAGGCAAGGUCAUCGACCCACAAGUUGUUCCGAUGGCUGUAGAGUAG